CCAACACAGAGAAACUUCUGUCCCUCAGAGAAACAGGACGCACAAUGACGGAUCCCAGUGGUACACAGCUAAAUGUUUUCUUUCCUACCAAUGGAAAUGGGGUUGAGAACCUUGGUUUUGAAAAACAGGAAGACAACCUUUCAAUUGCUAGCACUAUCAAUGAGGAGGAGUCUGGAAAAGGAUUGGGAUCAUUCUUGAGCAAGAUUUCCAAGCCGAUUAAUGCUGCAGAGGAUUACUUUACAGCUCACUCAAAAACCAUCAAGUACAUUGUUCUGGGCAUUCUCGGAGCAGGUUAUGUGGCUUUUUUCAUCACUGCCUGUGUACUAGACUUUCAGAGGGCUAUUGCUCUGGUGAUCCUCACCAGUUUGGCAGUUGUCUCGAAAACCUACGAUUUACUUAAAACUUACCAGGGAGACAAUAUUGUAAAGUGUUUGAAACCUGCUUUGAGAUGCUUCAAAGCCAACCAGAGAUGGAUCACAUGGGUGUUUAUUCUUGUGGUGGUGGGCCUGCUGGUGACCUGGCUGGCAGUGGACACGAGCCAACGCCCAGAACAGCUCAUCUCAUUCGGGGGUGUCUGCAUGUUCGUUCUGGUUAUAUAUAUAUUUUCAGCACAUAGGACAGCAGUGGCAUGGAGAACUGUCUUUUGGGGUCUUGGUUUGCAAUUCUGCAUUGGGCUGUUUGUCAUAAGGACAGAACCAGGUUUCAUAGCUUUUGAAUGGCUGGGGAAACAAGUGCAGAUAUUCCUGAACUACACAAUAACUGGAUCUGAGUUUGUGUUUGGAGAUGAUCUGAUACUGAGCAUCUUUGCAUUUCAAGCUUUGCCCAUCAUAGUGUUCUUUAGCAGUGUGAUGUCAGUCCUUUACUUUUUGGGAAUAAUGCAGUGGAUCAUUAUUAAGAUCUCAUGGGCCAUGCAGAUAACGAUGGGAACCUCACCCACUGAGACUUUGAGUGUUGCAGGCAACAUAUUUGUUGGACAGACAGAAGCGCCACUGCUUAUUCGCCCCUACCUGAAGGACAUGACCCAGUCUGAGAUCCAUGCUGUCAUGACUGGUGGUUUUGCCACUAUUGCAGGAAGUGUGAUGGGCGCCUUUAUCUUAUUUGGAAUUGAUGCCUCCUCUCUGAUAUCUGCCUCAGUGAUGGCUGCCCCAUGUGCUUUGGCUUUCUCCAAGCUUUCUUACCCAGAGACAGAAGAGUCCAAGUUCCGAUCAAAGAAAAGUAUCAAAGUGGAUAGUGGUGGUGAACAGAACGUUUUGGAGGCUGCUAGCAGUGGGGCAUCAGCAUCAAUAGGCCUUGUUGCCAACAUUGCUGUCAACUUAAUAGCAUUCCUGGCUAUCCUUGCUUUUAUUAACUCUGCUCUGGGUUGGCUGGGUGGCAUGGUGGGAUAUCCUACUCUUACAUUUGAGGAAAUAUGCUCCUAUGUGUUCAUGCCUGUGGCCUUCAUGAUGGGAAUACCGUUUGAUGAGACUACUAAAGUAGCGGAACUUAUUGGUACAAAGCUUUUCCUCAACGAGUUUCUGGCCUACGAGAAGCUAGCUGAUCUUAAGAAAAACCGACUUGAUGGACUUGAAGAAAUCAUUAAUUCAGAGAGGAUGUGGAUCUCUGUGAGAUCAGAAAUCAUCUGCACCUAUGCUCUUUGUGGAUUUGCCAAUUUCAGCUCCCUGGGGAUUGUGAUUGGAGGCCUAUCAUCAAUCUGCCCUUCCAGAAGAGGAGACAUUUCCUCUUUAGUGUUGAGAGCCCUUUUUACGGGGACCUGUGUAUCUUUAGUUAACGCUUGCAUUGCAGGGAUCCUCUUUGUACCUCCUCUCGACUGUCUGGAUGUUUUCAGGAAUUAUGCGUUCAACACCUCUACUCUGAACUUGAACACUUGUUGUGAAGAUCUCUUUGCAAACACUAACAAUGGGACCUCAUUUGAGGGCUCUUGGAACACAGUGGCGAAUGCCACUCUAUAUUUUACAAAGUGUUGUGGUGUCUUUGAUGCACCUAAUUGUAGGUAGAUUGUUGUUUGUAGAACAAUAGUAAUUUAUGUUGAUUUCUGAUAGAUUUAGAUAUGCACCUACAUACUGUAUGUUUAUGUAUGUAUAUAUACACAAUAUACAGAAUAUUUAUAUUUAUGUAUGCAGUCAAAAUAAACAAUUUCCUAAUCUUACCUAAAGGUGAAUGUAAACAAUGUAUAGAUUAAAGCAACUAUGCCAAGUGUACUGGCAAAUAUAUACGGUAUACAUGUAUAUUUUUAUUAUAUUUUAUUUUAGUCGGAGGACUCUUGUUGGUUACAAAAUUCGCAAUGUAAAAAAGAAAUUGUAGCAAGCUCGAUAAUUAAUUAUUGCUGAAAUUUUGAUGUAAUUAAAAAUCAUUUAUGGGUUUGCAUGCAAAUAACUUGAGCUGAAUGGCCAACAUUAAAAAAAUUCCACAUCAGGCUAUAUGGAAUAUACUCGGUGUGAAAUGCUUUACUACAGAUACUCUUUAAUAUUUUAUAGUAUGCUUUCACCUUCCGCAUUUAACCACAAUGUGAUUAAUAAUGAUACAAUACUGAGUUUUAAAAAAAAAGGACGAAAAGGGAAUUGUUUGAUAUCACAGAAAAUAAUUUAUCAUGCUUUACUGUACUUAGUAUUUAGAAUGAUAUUCAAUCUUAAUUAAGAGGAUGAGAGGACGUCUUUUGGAAAUUACUAAAAUGUACAUGUAGAGUGACAUAUCUAUACUACAUUCACGUUUAUAAAUUGCAUUUGCUGUAGUAAAUCUGCACAGAAAUGUAUGGUAUUACAACAUGAUUAAAUAAUCUCUGAAGAGUA